AUGAGCAUUCCCACAGUGGUUGUGUCCAGAGGUUCACAUUCGCUUGUCAAAAACCGUAUUGUUGAACUCAAUGAGCAUCACUCAAGUGAAGUCCUUGUCAAUCUGGAUACGGUGUACUUAACACUGUUCAAUGAUCUUAUGAGUUGGGCUCAUCAACACAAAUUGCGCCAUAUCAAUAACAAGAUCAUCUUCAUGUUUUUUGAUGGGGUGAAUUCGGUACUGGAUUUUAUUGGGGAGUUAUUGGACUAUCAACGGGAUUGUUAUACCCCAGUGUUGUUGAAGGAAGUUUACCUAUACUUUGACUCUAGCGUCACGCAAACUGUCAAUUCCGGUGAUCCCUAUAGCUUUUUACGGCUGGAGGCUUCGACCGAAUUCUCAAUUUUGGCCGCGGUAACGCUGGACGUCUUGCGCCAUUUGUCAUGUAUGGUAGAUCGAGUUUGCGGGGUAUAUUUCGAUGAUUUCACAUCGACGGGGAGUCGCGAACAAUGGCUUCAAGCAUUGAUGCGUAAUCACCCAAAGCUUGAACGCAUAAACUUGUCCCUGUUUCAGCUGCUAGUGAUGAGAGGUUUCGUAUGA